AUGAUUGAUGAUAGGGAGAUAAUACUAUCAUCGAACUCUUCUCCACCUAUUUCAUCAUCACCCAUCAACAAUGAUAAUCUAGUGAAGAGAGUUAAAGUUGAACAACAACAACAACUGCAACAAUCGAUCUCUCUAGAUAGUAGUGGUAGUUGUAGUAAUAAAAAUAGUAGUGUUUGCGAUGACGAUCAAGAUAGAUCUACACCUACACCACCAUUAUUAUAUAACGAUAGAGUUCAAUCUUCACCCAUUAAGUUAUUAAAAAGAAAUACAAGUUUUAAUAAAACCAAUUUUUAUAAUAGUAGUUUUAGUAAGAGUUAUAAUAAUAAUAAUGGUAGUCAUAGUAAGAAUAAUCAUCAUAAUAAUAGUUAUAUAGUUAAUUUACCUUUAAAAAGAGAAAGAGAAAGUGAGAAAGAAGCUGAAAGUGAACGAGAAAGAGAAAGUGAGAUUGAAGAGUUUAAAUUUGAAUAUCUAAAAGAGAAGGAACCAAUCGAUCUCGAUAAUGAUUAUUCAUUUUCACCACUUUCACCGAUUACUCAUGUUAAAUCAGAGGAUGACAAUGAUUUCUUUAUCGAUAUCGAUGAAGAUAUUAAAGAUAGAGAAACUACAACCACAACAACUACUUCUGCUUCCAAGUACGAGGAAGUAAUAACAACAACUUCUGUAUUAAAAAAUAACAUCAACACCAACAACAACAAUCAUAAUAAUAUCAAUAACAAUGAUAAUCUAAAUAUUAAAAAUGAAAACAUACAAUAUUAUACUUUAAAUAACAACGACAAUAAUAAUAAUAAUAACAAUAAUAAUAAUGGAAAUCACCUUGGUAAUAUGAAACAUAACAACAAUAUUCCUAUACCAAAAGCAAAUUUUAAGUUAUUACCUACAAAGUUCAAUCAUCUUAACAACAAUAAUAAUAUCAAUCAUUUUAAUAAUAAUGUCAGAUUUAAUAGUAAUAAAAAACAUGUAAAUAAUAAUAAUAAUGUAGAUAAAGAUAAACAAGAACAUAUAGUUUUAAGUGGUGGACCUGAAGAUAUUAUCAAUAUGGUUAAAGGUUCAAUAAAUUUAAGUGAUCAAGUAAGAGAUGAUUUCGUGGCAGACAAUACUUAUGAUGUCAACAAACUCAAUGGAACGCAACGAUUGAUUUUGGAUACAGUUGUCAGUCGUAGACGAAACGUAUUCUUUACUGGUCCUGGUGGUUGUGGAAAGUCAUACUUGAUUCAUACGAUAGUCAAUGAACUCACAAAGAAAGGUAUAAGAACAUUUGUUACGGCGCCAACUGGCAUUGCCGCUUUGAAUAUCCAAGGAAUGACAAUACAUUCAUUCGCUGGUAUUCGCUCGAGCAGUGCGUCGUUCGAAGAUCUUCUGGCAUCGGCAUACUCGAGGAAAUCUAAUUGGAAAGAGGUGGAAGUGCUGAUAAUCGAUGAGAUUUCAAUGUUGGACGGUUUGUUGUUCACUCAUCUCGAUAUGAUUGCAAGAAAGAUACGAGCAAAGCGGAAUCUAAAGGAGUACGGUGGUAAUCCACUCGAGAUUCCUUGGGGAGGAAUACAGUUGUGUCUAUCCGGUGACUUUUAUCAGCUGCCGCCAGUUCCAGACUAUCGUGACAUGAACACAAUGGCUGACAAACACUUUUCAACGACAAAGAAGCGAAAGUAUUGUUUUGAGUCUGAAAGUUGGUCACAGUCAGUCCACGAAAUCAUUCAACUGACAGAGAUUUUCCGUCAGAAGGAUCCAUUCUUUUCCGAUUUACUUAGUAAGCUAAGAAUUGGUAGAGCAGACGAUGAUAUUAUAAACACCUUAAGUAAAUGUAGUGUUAAAAAAUCAGAUGAUGGUAUUCAACCCACUAUAUUAUUCUCUACUAAUAAAAAAGUAGAGGAAAAGAACGAUUUCUAUUUGGAUCAGAUCAACGAUGAACCCGUCAAAUAUGAAUCAAUCGAUUUUCUGGCGGAAAACGAAGGACUUAAUCCACAAAAAACUUUUGUACUCAGUUCAAUCUUUGAGAAUUCAAAGAAACAAUGUUUGGCAUCCAAGACUCUUAUUCUCAAGAAGGGAGCACAGGUGAUGUUGGUUCGUAAUCUAUCGAGAGUUCUUGUCAACGGUUCACGUGGAAUCGUCAUUGGAUUCAUUAAUCUUUCGGAGCCCAAUAAGAAGCAUGUCUCUGAAUUUCUGGAGAGCAAAGAAGGUCAAACCCUUGAGACUUGGCAACGCGAUAAAAUCAAUGAAAUCAUGUUGACAACAUCGGUUUUUCUCAAACCACAAAAACACACCUAUCUACCUGUAGUCAAGUUCUCGAAUGGCCAGAUUGAAGUGAUAAAACCCGAGACAUUCUCUGUGCUUUUCGAAUCGGUGGAGAGAAUAUAUCGACAGCAAAUAUGUCUUAAAUUGGCAUAUGCCAUCACCGUUCAUAAAUGUCAGGGUCUGACUUUGGAGAGUGCACUGGUCUCACUCGGAAGAAUAUUCGAGCAUGGACAAGGCUAUGUCGCGUUGUCUCGUGUCAAGUCUUUGGAGGGUUUACAAAUCAUCGACAAUGUAUCAAGAAAAUGCUUUACAGCCGAUCCCAAAGUGAAUUUAUUCUAUCAAAAGUUGGAGGCAAAGUUAAACAAUAACCAACAAAAGAAUAACAAUAACAACAGCGAAUCAACAAAUAAUUAUAAUGAAAUUGAAAUACCUGUAUUCUUUAAAUGCCCUAUCUCCAAGAAAUUGAUGGAAAACUGUGUGGUUGCGCCCGAUGGAUUCUCCUAUGACAGGGCAACGAUUUUUGAAUGGGUCAGAGAAAAUAACUUUAGUUUUGUUACUAAAAAACCUUUUAAAAUAACAGUCUUCAUACCAAAUCAUAAUCUAAUGGCUCAAAUUAGUGAUUGGAAAGCAAAGAAUAAAUAUUUAACACCUGUUUAA